UCCGCGGGAGGGGACAUUUCCUAAUCGCGGGCCGGGGUUAAAGUUCUGGUCCCGGUGCGAUGCUGGAGGCCGCCGCCGCCCUCCGUCCCCGAGGUGCCCGGCCGCCCGCCGCCGCCGCCGCCGCCGCCGCCCCCGCCGCCCCCGCCGCCGCCGCCGCCGCCGCUGCCGCCCGGCCGGGGCCAUGUUCGCCCGCGGCUUGCCCUGCCUGGUGGUGCUCCUGGCGGCCUCGGUCCGGAGCCACCUCGGGGUGCUGGGGCCCAAGAACGUCUCGCAGAACGACGCCGAGUUUGAGCGCACCUACGCCCACGAGGUCAACAGCGAGCUGGUCAACAUCUACACCUUCAACCACACCGUGACCCGCAACCGGACGGAGGGUGUGCGUGUGUCCGUGAACGUCCUGGACAAGCAGAAGGGGGCGCCUUUGCUGUUCGUGGUCCGCCAGAAGGAGGCUGUGGUGUCCUUCCAGGUGCCCCUAAUCCUGCGGGGGCUAUAUCAGCGGAAGUACCUCUACCAAAAGGUGGAACGGACGCUGUGUCAACCUCCCACCAAGAAUGAGUCUGAGGUCCAGUUCUUCUACGUGGAUGUGUCUACUCUGUCCCCGGUCAACACCAAGUACCGGCUCCGGGCCAGCCGAAUGGACAACUUCGUGCUCAGGACCGGGGAACUGUUUAGCUUCAAUACCACUGCAGCCCAGCCCCAGUACUUCAAGUAUGAGUUCCCGGAGGGAGUGGACUCUGUGAUUGUCAAGGUGACCUCCAAAACGGCCUUCCCCUGCUCAGUCAUCUCCAUCCAAGAUGUCCUGUGCCCUGUCUAUGAUCUGGACAACAAUGUAGCCUUCAUUGGCAUGUACCAGACUAUGACCAAGAAGGCAGCCAUCACUGUGCAGCGCAAAGACUUCCCCAGCAACAGCUUUUAUGUGGUGGUUGUGGUAAAGACCGAAGACCAGGCCUGUGGGGGUUCCUUGCCCUUCUACCCCUUCAUGGAAGAUGAACCGGUUGAUCAAGGGCAUCGCCAGAAAACCCUGUCAGUGCUGGUCUCUCAAGCCGUCACGUCUGAGGCCUAUGUCGGGGGGAUGCUCUUUUGCCUGGGCAUAUUUCUUUCUUUCUACCUACUGACCGUCCUCCUGGCCUGUUGGGAGAACUGGAGGCAGAGGAAGAAGACCCUACUGGUGGCCAUUGACCGAGCCUGCCCAGAAAGUGGUCACCCUCGGGUCCUGGCUGAUUCCUUUCCUGGCAGUGCGCCGUAUGAGGGUUACAACUAUGGCUCCUUUGACACUGGUUCUGGAUCCACUGAUGGAUUGGCCGACAGCUCGGGUACUGGGGAUCUCUCCUACAGUUAUCAGGGGCACGACCAGUUCAAGCGACGCCUUCCCUCUGGCCAGAUGCGGCAGCUGUGCAUUGCCAUGGACCGUUCCUUUGAACCGGUAGGUUCGCGGCCACGCCUGGACUCCAUGAGCUCCGUGGAGGAGGAUGACUAUGACACAUUGACCGACAUCGAUUCUGACAAGAAUGUCAUCCGCACCAAGCAAUACCUCUGUGUGGCCGACCUGGCACGGAAGGACAAACGUGUUUUGCGGAAAAAGUACCAGAUCUACUUCUGGAACAUCGCCACCAUUGCUGUCUUCUACGCCCUUCCUGUGGUGCAGCUGGUGAUCACCUACCAGACGGUGGUGAAUGUCACAGGGAAUCAGGACAUCUGCUACUACAACUUCCUCUGUGCUCACCCACUGGGCAACCUCAGCGCCUUCAACAACAUCCUCAGCAACCUGGGGUACAUCCUGCUGGGGCUGCUCUUCCUGCUCAUUAUCCUGCAGCGGGAGAUCAACCACAACCGGGCCCUGAUGCGCAAUGACCUCUACGCCCUGGAAUGUGGGAUCCCUAAACAUUUCGGGCUGUUCUAUGCCAUGGGCACAGCUCUGAUGAUGGAGGGGCUGCUUAGUGCUUGCUAUCACGUCUGCCCCAACUAUACCAAUUUCCAGUUUGACACGUCGUUCAUGUACAUGAUCGCCGGACUCUGCAUGCUGAAGCUCUACCAGAAGCGGCACCCGGACAUCAACGCCAGCGCGUACAGCGCCUAUGCCUGCCUGGCCAUCGUCAUCUUCUUCUCUGUGCUGGGCGUGGUCUUUGGCAAGGGGAACACGGCGUUCUGGAUCGUCUUCUCCAUCAUCCACAUCGUCGCCACCCUGCUCCUCAGCACACAGCUUUAUUACAUGGGCCGCUGGAAGCUGGACUCGGGGAUCUUCCGCCGCAUCCUGCUCGUGCUCUACACGGACUGCAUCCGGCAGUGCAGCGGGCCCCUCUACGUGGACCGCAUGGUGCUGCUGGUAAUGGGGAACAUUAUCAACUGGUCGCUGGCUGCCUAUGGGCUCAUCAUGCGCCCCAAUGAUUUCGCCUCCUAUUUGUUGGCCAUCGGCAUCUGCAACCUGCUGCUUUACUUUGCCUUCUACAUUAUUAUGAAGCUCCGGAGUGGAGAGACGAUCAAGCUCAUCCCCCUGCUCUGCAUCGUCUGCACCUCUGUGGUCUGGGGCUUUGCACUCUUCUUCUUCUUCCAGGGGCUCAGCACCUGGCAGAAAACCCCUGCCGAGUCGAGGGAGCACAAUCGGGACUGCAUCCUCCUGGACUUCUUCGAUGACCAUGACAUCUGGCACUUCCUGUCCUCCAUCGCCAUGUUCGGGUCCUUCCUGGUGCUGCUGACCCUGGAUGAUGACUUGGAUACAGUGCAGCGGGAUAAGAUCUACGUCUUCUAGCCUGCACCGGACCCUUCGCUGCACUUGAUGGAGCUCUGAGUUCCCCUGCGUGCCCUGCCAGGUGCCUCGGUAGCACUGGGGGGUGAGUCCCAGCCCGGCUGCCCAGCACUGGACAUCGGUGGGACAGUGAGGUCUAGCCCGGGCCUGGGUCAGGACAGUCAUGGAGGGGGCGGGGGGCGUUGAGCCUUGUCGCUGCCCUCGGCCGGGGAGGAGGCCGCUCCCCUGCUUCCCUGGACACGGGACAGAUUGCUGCUUUCUUCUCAGUGUUGGGCCCUCCUGGGCCCCUGCCUGUUGGCUCUCUUUCCCUCUGUCUGUCUAGCCCACUACAGGAGGAAGGAGUGAAGGCGUUUCCUCCCCCAUUUCAUGCCUUGCACUCUGCCGUCUUCCCCUCCCCUGCAGCCUGGGACCCGAAGCCUUUCCUCUCUCGCUCCAGUUCUCUCUGGGGCCGCACCUGGCUGCCAUCACUGCCCACUCUGGUCAGCCAGAACGGAUGCGGGCCUAGGACUCUGGGGCUGGCCACCUGGUGCCAGGCUUUCGGUGCUAAGGCCUUCAAGGGGCCCCCGAGCAAGACACUCCCCCCACCUGUGUUCCACGCUGGCUUUUGAGCAAUGAGGAUCAGCCAAGCUCAGAGGUCAGCUCCUCAUGCCAUCAGCCUCCAGACUGACGCCAGCGGCAGAACUGGAGACACUUGGGGCUCACCUGUCCAUUUCCGCACCCACCGUCCUGCCAAGCCCCUGCUGGGGGGCCUUUCAGUGCCAUCCACACUGCCCAAGAAUGUCCAGGGGCAAAGGAGGGGGUGCUGCCGAGAACCCAGCCCGUCCCGCCUCCCUGCGACCAUGGAGCCCCAGUGCCUGUGUGAGGAAGGGGCUUGAGAGGGGACCUGCCAUUUUCCUCUGUGUCCUACGUCCCAGCCUCAUGCCAGGACCUAGGGCUGGCUCUUCAGUUUCCGUCCAUCUUCAGCCAAGUUCUGUGUUAAUUACACACACGCGCGCGCACACAGCCUUGGAGUUUACAUGGAGUCGCCCCAGCUCUGGGCCCUUAGUGGCUCUGAUCCUUGGCUCCGUUCACCCCACCGGGUCCAUUCCAGAUGCCAAGGAUGGGGCGAGCAAGGUUGGGCCUCCGCCUUGGAGCUGGGAAUGUGUUUCAUUCCCCUGGACUUGUUUUUAUAGCUCUCCUCGGUCUGGGGAGAGGAGGGGGCCUGGGUCUUGGUGUCAGAGCCCUGUUUUAUGUCUUUCCAUGCUACGGUUGCAUUUGUUUCGUAUGAAUGAGUGCACUCAAUAAAGAACCAGACUCUG